AUGGUCCGGGGUACCGAUUCAGGCCGCUGGAGCCCGCGAACCCUGCAACUGGCACCGCAAACGCCGGGAUCGGCAAUGGCUAUCCACGGCCGUACUGACUAUGAGCAAGAAAAAUCCCAAUUUCCCUUCCGCGCGCGGAGCUUACUGAGAUACCUGCUCCCGAAAAAGAGUCAAUCAGUUCCGUCGCCUUGGCCUGGCGCACCUCAGCCCGCAUCAUCUCACAUCGCCGACUCUAGAUCCAGAGCUGCGCUCCUUACGGCUACUGCGAUUCUUGACUGUAUGCUCGAUCAUGCCCUAGGAUCCGAGAUCGCGCCGUCACUCUUUUUCCUCAACUUCCACAAUUCCCGAUUGCAACUCGAACCGCAAUACCUACACCGGCCGCAUACUUCACUAAUUGAUACCCUUUUUACGCUUAUCUCUGCUGCGACAAUAUUUGUUGACAGAAUGUCAACAACCCUGGGCGCCUUCAUCGCCGGCGGCAUUGCCGCCUGCGGCGCCGUAACAGCCACACAUCCCUUCGAGACUGUCAAGAUUCGAAUGCAAUUGCAAGGAGAGUUGAAGGACAAGGGGCACCAGCCGCACCAGUACAGAGGACCCCUCCAGGGCGUCUCGGUCAUCGUGCGGAAUGAGGGUGUCAAGGGCAUCUACCGCGGUAUCGGCUGCGCCUACAUCUAUCAGGUUCUGCUUAACGGCUGCCGUCUGGGUUUCUACGAACCGAUGCGUGAAACCCUGACGACCCUCGUCUUCAACGACAGCAAGACCCAGAGCCUGGGCGUCAACAUGGCCUGCGGCGCCGGAUCCGGGAUUAUGGGUGCCGCGGCCGGCAGCCCUUUCUUCCUCGUCAAAACCCGGUUACAGAGCUACUCCCCCUUCAUGCCUACCGGCACCCAGCACAACUAUCGUAAUGCCUGGAACGGGAUGACCACGAUCUACGGCUCGGAAGGCAUCCGUGGACUUUACCGUGGCGUGGGCGCGGCUAUGAUCAGAACAGGCUUCGGAAGCUCCGUGCAGCUGCCUACCUACUUCUUCGCCAAGCGGAGACUGGUUCGUCAUUUGGGCAUGGAGGAGGGCCUUCCUCUGCACCUUGCUAGCAGCACCGUCAGCGGCUUCGUUGUUUGCUGUGUGAUGCACCCCCCUGACACCAUCAUGUCCCGUCUUUACAACCAAAACGGAAAUCUCUACAAGGGCGUCUUCGACUGCCUCGCCAAGACGGUCCGCACCGAGGGAUUCUUGGCCAUCUACAAGGGUUUUCUGCCUCACCUGGCCAGAAUCCUCCCCCACACCAUCCUGACCCUCACCCUGGCAGAGCAAACCAACAAGCUGAUGAGGAGGCUCGAGGACCGCAUCCUGCCGACGGCCGCCCUCCAAAAUCCAUGAUCGCCAUCCGAUCUUGUAUUUGUCGUAUCAGCGUUCCUUGCAUGUCUGGAGUUUAAAAGAAGUAAAACAAGCUGGGUAGAUUGGGGGGACAUUUUGUAGUCAUGGUUCAGCUAUGUCGCCGAGGACGCAUAGGGAGGGGUAUAAGAAGAGAUGGGGCAGUACACAAGUUGACGUCUCACGUUGUAAAGUGACGAUUGAGCAUGUGUCUCUAUCUG